CCAUAGUACGUUAUGUUAUUCAUUCAAAGUUUUAAGAAAUAUACUUGAAAUCAAAUAAAAAUGAAUUUCUACCAGAACUGCAUCGUAUUCUUUAUAACUCAUAAGUAUGUUUUAUGGAUUCUGAUAUCACAACAAAUUCUAUACAAAUCUUCUGUUACUUCAAAUCAUUUUGACUACAAAGUAUCGAAAAAAAGUGAUUUACCGUUCAUGCAUUAUCAUGGUACGCCUGAAACUAAAGAUGACAUGGAAAAGAAGGACGCUAUAGACACAUAUAAUUUAGCUUUAACAAACGAUAUGGAUGAUAUGGAUGGUGAACAAUAUAGUUAUAAUAAUAAGAAGAAGAACCUACGCAGUGUAGAGAUCCCAUUUUAUUGGGUAAUUGAUGUUGAUGGCCGAAAGCAUAAAAAAAAAAACCCUCACGCUAAUUUACGAAAAUUGAGAGAUGUAAAUUAUAAAAAACCACAUCACGAAUCACCAGCGAAAUCAAGUAAAAAAUAUGAUCAUGAAUUGGAUCCCCAUUUAAAAAAGAAAGAAAAAAGAAGUAGAUAUAAAAAAUUGCAUGAUAACAAACACAAUAAUGAAAAAUUAGUAAAACAUUUAAAUCACAAGUCAAUGAAGAAAUUAGACGAUGAAACAAAUGAAAUAUUAAAAGAUGAAUCAAGACAUAGAUUAAGUAAAGAUCACCAUGUCUUAACAAGUAAGAAAUCUAAAAAAACAUCAUCUCAUAAAAUACACAAGAGAUCAAGUAAAAUGUUAACGGAUACAACAAUAGAUAAUAUGUCAACAAAAGAUUCAAAUGGAUUGAAUAAAAAAGUGAGUAAAAUAACCAGAUCUAGCUUAGAAGAUUCGAGUGAUUCAGUAAAAGUCAUAAAAAAUGUAGCAAAAAUACAUUCAAGUAAAAAUUCAAAUAAAAAAGCAGAAAAUAUAUUAAAAAAUCAACCAAAAUUAGAAACACAUAACAAGUUAGAUAAGCCUCAUAAUAAUGUAAAGAAUAAGAAUCAAAAUAAUAGUUCAAGUAGUAAAAUAGAUAAACCAAGUAAAAAAUUAAAAGUAGCUCACGCCAACCAAUCAGACAAAUAUUCAAACCAGCAUUUGAAACAAAAAAAUAAUAAUAAAUUAAAAGUAGGAUCAAAUAGUGAAUUAAAUGAGGACUCGAGCGAUUCAACAGAUAUUGAAGACAGUGAUGACGCAGACGAAAAUGUUAAUAAUUUUAAAGAUAAAAAUCAGCAACAAAAACCAAAUAGUCAAUCUGAAAAAAAACCAAAGAAUAAAUUAAAAAAAGCGACAGACAAAACCCACAAUGAUUUAAUAGACAAAGCUACAAAAAAAAAAUCAAGUAAUAAAGCAGGUAAAAGAUCAAGUAAUAAAUUAAAAAAAGAAUCAAAUAGUGGUGAAUCAGGUGAAAAAUUAAAUGAUUCAAUAAUCAAUGAAGAUAGAUCUAACAAACAUAAUAACCAUAAAAAACAAAUAUCAAACAACAGAGUCGGUAAAACGUCAAAUAAUAAAGAAACAAGUAACGAAUCAGAUGAGGAAUUAAAUAAUUCAAAACACAAUGAAUCUAAUAAACAUGGCAAGAAUUUAAAAAAUAAGCCAAAGAAACGGAAAUCAAGUUAUGAAGUCGGCGAAAGCUCUAGUAAUAAAUUAAGAGACGAAACAAGUGGUAAUGAAUCAGACGAGGAAUUAAAUGAUUCAAUUACUAAUGAAAAUAGUGAUGUAUCCAACCAAAAUAAUAAUAAUUUAAAAAGCAACCAUACAAAACCGAAAUCAAAUAACAAAGUCGGUAAAAAUUCAAACAAGAAAUUCAAACAAGAAUCUAGUGGUAAAUCAGAUGUGGAAUUAAAUAAUUCAAUGCAAGAUAAACAUAACGAUGAAUCUAAUAAACAUGAUAAUAAUUUAAAAAAUAAACGACAGCAUAAAAAAUCAAAUAGUAAAGUAGGCAAACAAUUAAUAGAAGAAUCAAAUAAUGAAGCAGAUGAUAAACCAAAUGAUUCGAUAAACAAUGAAGAUAGCAAUGUGUCCAACAAACAUAAUAACCAUAAAAAACAGAAAUCAAAUAAUAAAGUCGGUAAAAAUUCAAAUAAUAAAUUAAAACAAGAAUCGAGCGAUGAAUCAGAUGAGGAAUUAAAUGAUUCAAUACACGAUGAACAUAGCAAUAAAUCUAAUAAACAUGCUAAUAAUUUAAAAAAUAAACAUCAACGUCAAAAACCUUAUAGUAAAGUAACUAAAAAGUCAAGCAAUAAAUUAAAAGAAGAACCAAGUGAUGAAUCAGAUAAAGAUUUAAAUGAUUCAAUAAACGACGAACAUAGCGAUGGAUCCAGCAAACAUGCUAACAAUAUAAAAAAUAAUCAUAAAACACAGAAAUCAAAUAAAAAAGUCGGUAAAAAUUCAAAUAAUAAAUUAAAACAAGAAUCAAGUGGUGAAUCAGAUGAGGAUUUAAAUAAUUCAAUGCACGACGAAUAUAGUGACGAAUCUAAUAAACAUGCUAAUAAUUUAAAAAAUAAACAUCAGCAUCAAAAUUCAAAUUGUAAAGAAGGUAAAAAAUCAAGUCAUAAAUUAAAAGACGGAUCAAGUGAUAAAUCAGACAAGAAUUCAACAAAUUCAACUAACAAGGAAUCAAACAGUGAAUUGAAUAAUUCGCAGAAGAAACUUCGAAAUAAGAAACCUAGAAAAAAAUUGGAAACUAAAAAGGACAAAAAAGGUAAGACAUCUAAAAACAAUUCAGGUAAUAAAUCAGAUGGGAAUACAUACGACGAGGAACAAACAAACAAGGAAUCAACCGAUGAGCUUGUUAUGGACAAUCAUGGCUUCUUAAAUCAAAAAUUAAGACAAAAAUCAAACAUUAAAAUAAAGAAAGGAAAUAAUAAACCAAAAAAAUAUUCCAGAAAUAAAUCAAAUAAGGACUUACAAGAAGAUAGUCAAUCAGAUGAUUUAAUAAAAAUUACUCAACAAAAUUAUUACUCUAAUCGUCAUCUGAAAUACAAGGAUAUAUUGCCUGGAGAAUCAAAAAAAAAAAACCACUGUGAACCUUAAAAAAUAAACACAUACCUAAAAAUAUAGUCAAAAAAGAUAUCGUAAAAAAUCAAGUAAAAAUGAAAAACCCGGUACAAUUUUACUAUUGAAAAAUAAGAAAUACCAACAUUUAUUAUUUUAGGUUUAACAAUGUUAUAAAAUAAUUAAAUUAAAUUAAAUUGAAGUUAAAAAAAAAAACUGAGAAAAAUAUUUCAAUUUGAUAACGGACUUGAAUAUAAUAAUUAUGAUUACAAUAUUGUUAUUUGUUUUAUGUUUAAUACUUUCUCAGAUUUUAAAACAUAAUUAUAUAUAUAUAUACAUGAUAUACUUUUUGUUGUUAAAGCUAUCUCAUAUAGCGUUUUCAGGUUUACAGUUAAAAACAUAGAUAUUUAUAACAAUGAAUGAUAUCAAAAACCACUAAAUAUUCAAUUUAAAGUGCAAUAAUGUACAAAUAUAAUUAUGUAAUAAUAUACUAUUACUGCUGGCCCGGCUCAAGGGGUAGGUGAUAU